AGACACGGAGGCUCGUCGUUUCGGCUACCCUUCCUUCCUUUCCAUCCAUCCAUCCAUCCCUCCUUCCUUCUUUGCUUCCUCUCUGUCCUUUCCCUGCCGGAGGCUCCAGCUUGGAUUUCUCUGACCCCGGGGGAGAGGAGGAUGGAAAACUAACCCAACUCGUGCGGCCACCAAAGCUACGCCUUGUGGAUGCUGUUUUAGAGCUGACUGCUACCUUCAGCUUCCUCUUUGUCAUUGUGAUCCCCCCCCCAUUACCAUUACUCUUACAUUUUCUCUUCCACAUCAUCAACCACCCCUUCAUCUCUCCCUCCCUCCCUCCAUCCCUUUCCUCCUCUCUCUACCCACCUCUCUGCCUCUCUCUCUCUCUCUCUCGCUCUCUCUGCGUUGGGUUGUUUUUGUGGGGACGGUCGCCGUGCCGAUACUGCAGCAGCACCCUGGACUGCAGGGGCCCAGCCUGCAACCAGGAGGACAUGAGGACCCUGGGGUGCCCAAGCCCCUGAGCUGCCCCCACUGCUGCUGAGGUGCCUUUCUGACUUGGAAGCGGAGCGGUGCAGAGCAGAGAGCCUGAGCGCCAGGAGGAGGCGGCGGCGGCGGAGGAGGAGGCGAGGCGAGGAGGAGGAGGAGGAGGAGGAGGAGGAGGAAGAAAGGAAGAGAGGAGGAGGAGGAGACAGGAGUGCCAGAGGAGCGCGAGGGGCGCCUCAGGUCGGGGUCUGGUGGAACGCCACGGCAGGAGGAGCGAGACCAUGCUCAUGGCGCGGGACGGAGCGAGAGACGAGGCCCAGAAGCUGCACCGCAAAUGGAUGAAGCACCAGGCCUUCAUGGCCGAGCUGGCGCGCAACAAAGAGUGGCUGGCCAAGAUCGAGCAGGAGGGCAAGGAGCUGAUCCAGGAGCAGCCGGAGCUGCAGUCGGUGGUGCAGCAGAAGCUGGAGGAGAUGCGUGAGUGCUGGGGUCACCUGGAGAGCACCACCAAGGCCAAGGCCCGACAGCUCUUCGAGACACAGAACCACCGGACCCCCGGGACCAACCCGUCGGCCAAGGCCCUCCCAGACUUGGACCAGCAGCUGUCCCUGCUGCAGGAGCAGCCCCCGACGGUGGGCUCAGCCUCCCCCUCGGCCACCGCCGCCUCCUUGGCCACCAUGCCCACCCUGCUGCAGCCCAGGCCCACCUUCAGCCAGCAGCUCCAGAGGAUCCAGUCCAUGGAGUCUCAGCUCAUCCGCGGGGUGGGCAUGACUCACCUGGGGGGCAGCAUGGCGGACGUGGCGGACGUGGGCGCGGCUGAGCCGCAGGCGGGCCUGCUGAGGGGGGUGGAGGGGGAGGAGCGGCCCACCGAGACGCGCAUCUGCCGCCUCAUCGAGCCGCUCAAGGAGAGGCGACGCAUCCUGCUGGCCUCCAAGGAGAUGCACCAAGUCAGCCAAGACCUGGAGGACGAGAUUGUGUGGAUUCAGGAGAACCUCCCUCUGGCAUCCUCCAAGGAAUACGGAACCAACCUGCAGAGUGUGCAACAGCUGAUGAAGACAAACGAGAUGCUGCAGAUGGAGCUGCAGAGCCGGAGAGAGCGAUUGGAGGAGGUGUUGGACAGGGCGGGAGCAGUGGCGGCGCUGCGCACGCCGGAGACGGACCUGGUGCGAGAAGGGGCGGAGCACGCGCGGCAGCUGUGGGAGGUGCUUAUGGUGGAGGCGGAGCGUCGCACCGUCAUGCUGGACGCCGUGUUCCACGCCCAGCAGUACUACACGCAGGCGACCAAGGCCGAGUCCUGGCUCAGUGGACAGAAGCUGCAGGUCAUCAACGAGGAGAGAGGAACGGAUGAGCCCAGCACCCUGCGGCUCCUGAAGGAGCAGCUCGCUCUGGAGCAGAUAGUGGAGAACUACGCCGAGACGGUCAGCUUCCUGUCCCAGCAGUGCCGCAGGAUGCUGGAGCUCGGACACCCAGACAGCGAGCAGAUCACCAAGCAGCAGUCCCACAUAGACCGCCUGUACGUGUCGCUGAAGGACCUGGUGGAGCAGCGCAAGACCAAGCUGGAGCAGCAGUACUGGCUGUACCAGCUCAAGCGUGAGGUGGAGGGCCUGGAGAAGUGGAUUGCCGAUCGGGAGGCCGUGGCCAGCUCCACAGAGAUGGGACAGGACCUGGAGCAUGUCACGGCUCUGCAAGACAAGUUCACGGAGUUCAAUGCGGAGACGCGCGCGGCCGGCCAGAGGCAGAUGGAGUCUGUCAACAAGAUGGUGAACGAGAUGAUCGACUGCGGCCACGCGGACGCCGCCACCAUCGCCGAGUGGAAGGACGGCCUGAACGAGUCGUGGGCCGACCUGCAGGAGCUGAUGGAGACGCGGACGCAGAUGCUGGCCGCCUCCCACCAGCUGCACAAGUUCUUCACCGACUGCCAGGAGGUGUUGGUUCAGGUCGAGGGGAAGAUGCGUCAGCUCCCUGAAGUGCGCUCGUGUCAGGUGAGCACAGCCAACCCCGGCACGCUGAAGAGGCUGCUGCACUCCUUCGAGCACGCGCUCCAGCUGCUCGUCACUCAGGUGCGGCAGCUACAGGAGAAUGCUGCCCAGUUGAGGGCCAUCUAUGCUGGGGAAAAAGCAGAUGCCAUUCUGGCCCGUGAGCAGGAAGUGAUGCAAGCCUGGAGGGAGCUGCUGGUGUCCUGCGAGGGCAGCCGUGUGCAGGUCACCAGUACAGACAAGGUGCAGUUCUUCGCUCUGGUGCGAGAGCUGAGCAUGUGGACAGAUGGCAUUAUGGGCCAGAUAGGACCAUCUCCGGACAGUGCCAGGGACGUGUCCGGUGUGGAGACCAUGAUGUCCCAGCAUCAGAAUCUGAAGGCUAAGAUGGAGGCCAAGAGUGAAAUCUUCUCCCAGUGUGUGGAGAUGGGCAAGAUGCUCCUGGCAGCCCGCAACCCUGCCUCUGAAGAGGUAAAGGAGAAGCUGGACCAUGUGAUGGCCAAGCAGAAGGACCUGAAUGAGCGCUGGGACCACCACUGGGAGAAACUGCAGCACACGCAACAGAGGCUCCAGGACGCCCAGAGGAUUCUAGCUGAGAAGGCGUGGCUAACCUCCAAAGAGCCAAUGAUCAGCCCCGCCAGCCCACGUGACAUGUUGGGCGGGGCCGGAGGGGCGGGCGGAGCCGAUGAGGUAGAGCAGCUGAUUCGUCGACACGAGGCGUUCCGGAAGGCCGCGGCCACAUGGAAGGAACACUUCAGCUCCUUGCGCCAGGUGGAGAAGCAGAAGCUGAAGGAGGAGAAGAGCAGGCAGUCUGUUUCUUCGUCGCUGCUCAACAGGCAGAUGUUUCCUCUCUCCUGCCUGGUCGGGAGCUCGUCCUCCUCUUCAUCCUCCUCCACACCCUUCAGACAGAGUCUUCAGGACCAGCUCGACAUCAAGUCUGGCCCAGACAUCCCCCAGCUGGCUGCCCACUCGCUGGCCCAGAGGCUGGGGGCCUCCGUGGGCCCCUACAGCCCCGUCAUGAACGGCUCGUCCUACCACAGCCUCAACCCACAGGCAGGGGGCGCUAUGAUGGACAAUCCGGGCUACCACGUGCUGGCCCAACAGGCUGCACAGCUCGGGGUGGACAGCUACCAGGGGUUGAACCAACAGGGUAAUGAUGGGGGUGGACAGCUACCAGGGGUUGAACCAACAGGCCCCACCACGCCCAGCAGCAGCAGCAGCAGCAGGGGGAGAUCCACCCGGGCAUUGGCAUCGAACACGGCCUGGAGCUGCUACACGGCAGGCUCCAGAGGGACCCCGCGGCAGCCGCUCCGACCCCAGAUGGACCACCUACGGAGGGAGCGCGAGUACAGGCUGGGCCGGCAGACCUCCAGUGAGCAGGAGAUCCAGGCGCGCCUCAACGAGCUGCCCAUGAUCGUGAGGCAGGAGCGCUAUCGCAGGCGGCUCGAGAGGCAGUCGUCCAGCGAGCAGGAGCAGGCCAGCGGCAAGCCCAGCGAUCAGGAGUCCGGCAAAGAGCCCACGGACAAGAGACCCGGGGACAAACGCGCCACAAUGGCUGAGAUCGUCGAGCAGAUUCAAGAGAAAGAGGCAGCAGAGGCUCGAGGGGAGGUUUACCGGGCCGCCAGUGUUCUCUCGGCGCCCUGUGGCCGCUACGACCGCCCGCGAGCGAGGGACCGGCCCAAACCUCGGAGGAGGCCGAGGCCCAAAGAACCGGAAGAGACGACCCGGCGAUCUCGCUCGGCGCCCGCCCAUGCCGUGCCCGUCAUCCCCAGCCACACCGUCCAGGUGGAGGGCUUCCUCUACCGCAAGCACGAGCCUGAUGGCAAGGAGAAGAGUCCCAACAGCAAGUCCUGGGUGAACCUCUACUGUAUCCUUGCCAAUGGAGAGAUUGCUUUCUACAAGGACGCCCGACACAUCACCACGCCAUACAACGACGAGCCGCUACUCAACCUGCACACCUGCACCUGUGACAGCACCAACGGAUACAAGAAGAAGAAAAACGCCUUCAUCCUUAAAGUCCCAAAUUCAGAUGACUAUAUUUUCCUGGCUAAGGAUGAGGAUGAGUUCAAGAAGUGGGUGUUCAGCAUCAACACCUCCCUGCAGGAGCACGAGGACAUCGUCAAGUGGAGAACCCACCACCUCCUCCACAGACCAGACAAGUCGGAGGCAGAGGGAGCGUUCCGAGGGAGCCGAACCCUUUGA